AUAGGGUUUUACAGUUUCCCCUCUGGGUUAUAUUUGUGACGAACCUACCUGGUCGGACGGCGCGCCGACUCGAUGCUUCACUCCCUUGUCCGCCGCCAUGCGCUUCUUCCACCGAUGCAGCUAUGUCGCGUCUUCUUAUGCACAGGCACUUCCGCCUCCUCCGCUGGCGGCACUGCUUCGCCCGAUCCCCACUUCAUGGUCGAGUACCUCGUGGAUACAUGCGGGUUCUCCGCCGACGGUGCUUCCAAGGCCUCCAAGUUGCUCCCUCGUAUUCAGUCCACCGAGAAGGCCGACGCCGUUCUUGGAUUCUUCAGAUCUCAGGGCAUUGACGGUGCUAAUCUGAGAAGGAUAAUAGCCUGGAAACCAGCAUUGCUCGGCUGGGAUGUGGAGACUAACCUCGCUCCAAAGUUUAAGCUUUUGCGCGAAAUGGGAUUAUCUGAAUCCGACAUCAUCAGUGUCCUUCGGGUGCACCCUAUCGUUAUCGGCUACAACAGCCAGACCACGCUUCUCCGCAGAUUCAAGAUUUGGGAAAGUUUAUUUGGAUCGAAGGAGAUCCUCCUCAAGAAUCUCCGGAGCAGUGGAUGGUUUUUUAGCAGCAACAUUGAGAAUGUAGUGCACCCCAACAUGAACUUCUUACGGGAUGAAUGUGGUAUUCCUGAUGACCGGAUUUCUCUUGCCAUUCAAAAGCACCCCAGCUUCAUCUCGCAGAAUCCAUAUGCCCUCCGGGCUCUAGUAGAUAGAGCUGACGGGAUUGGAAUUCCCCGAGAAUCUGGUAUGUUCCUCUGGAUCCUUUUUGUGCUGCACGGGGUAAGCAAGGAAAAAUUUGAGGCCCACGUUAAGCUCAUGAAUAGUUUUGGUUUGUCGAAAUCAGAUUUACUUACUGCAGUCAAGAAGCAUCCAACUUUUUUAAGGCUUUCCACAGAGUUAUUGCAGGGAAAGAUGGAACUUUUGGUCAAGGAUGUUGGGAUUGCACCUUUAGACAUUGCUUACCACCCGAAGCCUUUAGGAUUAAGUUUGGAAAAGAGGUUGAUUCCUCGGUUUCGUGUGAUGGAGAUAUUGAAAUCUGAAGGCUUAUGGAAGUCAACAAACAAGCUACAUAUAUUUUUCUCAUCAUCUGGCCCAAAUUUUUUGCAGAAGUAUGUGCUCCCUUACAAAGAUAAAUUACCCAAACUGCUUGAAGUCAUGUGAGUUGUAGCUGAGUUUUAGACAUUGCUUACCACCCGAAGCCUUUAGGAUUAAGUUUGGAAAAGAGGUUGAUUUCUCGAUUUUGUGUGAUGGAGAUAUUGAAAUUUGAAGGGUUAUGGAAGUCAACAAACAAGCUACAUAUAUUUUUCUCAUCAUCUGGUCCAAAUUAUGUCCUCCCUUACAAACAUAAAUUACCCAAACUGCUGGAAGUCUUGUGAGUUGUGGCUGAGUUUGAGAGGAAUAACUAACAGCUCAGUGGUUUAUUUGGGUAUGAGUUUCUUUUCGGGAUAAGCAAUGAUAUUGAACCAUUCUUGUUCUAGUUUCUCAUAUGGUUUACUUGUUAGUUUCUUAGUCCUUCAAUUAUAAAUGUAACUGCUAAUGUAAACAUGAGGAUGCUAGGUUUUUUA